AUGUGGUCGAAUACGGGUCCAGCCCGUGUCCAGCGCGAGAUCAACACGGCCAUGCACAUGAGGAGCGUGAACGGGGAGCCGGUGGAUCGUGGCUUCAAGCUCUGGCUGAUCGAUGAGUCCUGGUCGAAUCUGUGUGCCGAGAUUGAGGGACCGCCGGGCUCUCCCUACGAGGGUGGAGUGUUCGUUGUCAAGAUUCUGGUGCCGGAGACCUAUCCGGUCGUGCCACCAAAGGUGGAAUUUCGGACGCGCAUCUGGCAUCCGAACGUCUCGCCGGAAUCGGGCGCCAUCGGGCUGAACAUACUGGGCAAGGCCUGGUCGCCCGAUAUGUCGCUCCGCACCAUCCUGAUGGCCGUGAGGAACAUCAUUGCCAUUCCGGACAUGGCGACACCCUUCGACGACGACGUGACGCGUCAAUACAGCCAGAGGCAUGAGCUGUUUGUGCGCACGGCCAAGCACUGGACCCACCGAUAUGCCAACGGACCCAACUGCAUACCCGAGUUCGAUGCGAAGAUCCAGACCCUCAUGGACCUCGGCAUGUACGAGUCGCUGGCACGCUCCACACUCUCCAAGAAGGACUGGCACGUGGACAGGGUCUGUCACAACUUUUCAUCUCUGAAGCGAGCAUCCAGCGAGGAGCGGGCUUAG